UUCUGUGUCAUUUAAGACACAUGAGGAUUACACAUAUCGCUGUACCAUCAAACAAGGAAAACAAGUCUGUCAAAAUUUCUAUAUGUCAGGCUUAUUUAUAUUGAUUUUUGCAAAAUGAAUUGAUUCGCUUAGAACCGAGAGCCACGGUGGCGGUUUAAUUGAAUCGAGUCAUUAUCGUUGUUACCUGAAUGGAUGAAGACGUUACCGCCUGGGGCUUACUGGAGUAAGAGUGAACAUGGCAAUGCUGGAGAAAAGUCCGUUAUCGGUCAAGAGUGACCUUUUAUACCUGCGAUGGAAUCAAGUAGUGAAAGAACAACAAGCUCGGCUGAGUCCAAGCAAAGAGGACUCACCUGUGUUCAACAAACACACAUCGGUGUUUAGAAAGAAAAGCUCUGAGGUGAUUGUAUCGGAGGAGCAGCCACCUGAAACCAUCAGCUGUCUCAUCUCGGACACCAGGCACAAGGCAAAGCAAGCAUUUUUUGUUUGCGUGCAAAACGUGUCUUGUGCUGGCCGUGCACUCAGAAAUGCUUUCUUAUCGAAUGGACAAGAAAACUGGAAAGCCCAUGUGAAACUAGCCAGAAUCAUCAAAAGGAGCUUUAUAGGACAGGAGCUGGUGCAGUGGCUGACGGAGCAGCAGUGUGUGUUUGUUGGAAACAGAAAUGCAGCUGCUAGAGUCUGGAAUGUUUUGCUGGAGCUGGGCAUCCUGCUUUCGGUGGAAAGGCUGGCAGAGUUUGAAGACUCGGAAACAUUGUACCAGUUCUCCUUUGAGGAGUGUGAAGCCCAAAGCUGUGAAUUUAGAAAUCAGACGCAGUGGCAAAAUGGAGUGAAUCUUCUCUUACAGGUGGCACCUCAAACUCCGCUCCGUGUGGCCACUCCUAAACCGAGUGAGGGAGAGCAGAAGAAACAUUCUCUUGCUUGUAGUCCAGUAGAUGUUGUCCAGAUGAGAGCUCUGGAGCGGCUGACAUCAAAGGUGCAGAAUGAACUGACAGCAGCACUGGCUCGGAAAGGAAGGUGCAAAUCGAUGAUUGAGGACACUGUCCCAGAGCACUCUGUUGACCUCCCACCCUCUACUCGUUCUUCCAGUGAGCAAAAGCAGGGCCCCGGGACUGGAUUACGCAACAGAGAGGACAUGAGUCGCAUGGAGAUGGUCCAGCGACUAGCCAAGGAUGGAUGCCGCCUCCUUCACAGCCCGCUUAAACCCACUGAACGACCAGCCGAGCCCCUCGGUGACGCAGCAGUCCGUGUGUGUGUGAGAGAAAGGAGCCGAGAGAUGCUGCUGCUUCAGAGGACUACGUCAGAGCAAGUGCCCUCCUCCUCUUCCUCAUCCUCCCCCUCCUCCCUUGCCAGGAGGUACGCCAGUGUCCCCGCCAGUCCCGAGAAGGUUCUAGAACACCUGCUGAGCCACCUGACGCUGGACGAGGACAACGGGAGCCCUCAAGCCAGAGAGACAGAGAGUCUCCUUGAUGACUUUUUGCUGACGUAUCCAGUGUUCAUGUCUACCAGUGACCUUUGCCAAGCGCUUCUUGGACACUAUUGUUUGAAGCGAGGCAGGACGAAGAACGAGGCGAAAGAGACACUGCUGAGGAAGCGCAAAGUCCUGCACCUUCUUUCCCAGUGGAUCACACUCUGCCGUGACACGCUGCAGGAUGGCGAACACACCAAAGUGUUUAUGAAGAUGCUGUAUCGCUACGUUCUGGAUGACCUUUAUGAAUUCCCAACUCUGGAGAACGAGGUGAAAGAGCUCCAGAAACUUCUCCGCAUGCAGCGCAGACACACGGUGGAUGAGUAUUCUCCUCAGAGAAAGAAUAAAGCACUUUUCCACCAACUGAGCCUGAAAGAGACGUGGCAGCCUACCCGAACGGCCCAGAGGCAGAAUAAGGAAGUUCUGUGUCACGUGUAUGUGACCAUGGACUCCUACGUGAGUGUGAGGACACACAGUGAGGUAACGGUGCAGGAACUGCUGGCUGCAGUGGCUGAGAGAUUAGAGUGUGCAGAGGACGACAUGGUGCUGGUGGCUGUCAACUACUCCAGAGGGAAGGAGCUGCUCCAGCCACAACAGUGUGUGUACUCAGACUCCCUUGGUGCUGUGAGCAGGCUGUGUGUGUGCAGGAGAGACCUGCCAGAGAUCACGAACCUCGUGACAGAUAAUGGACAGAUGCAACAGCCAGCAGUCAGGAUGCUGAGUAUGAACACAUGGGACAUAGCAGUGGCUCUGACUAACUGUGACUGGAGUUUCUUCAGAAAUCUACAGGAGCAAGAACUGGUUUAUUUCACACUGAGCCGCGAUUCUUGCUCUGGCCACACGGCGGCGCUGGAGCUGCUGCUUCAGCGCUGUAACGAGGUACAGCAGUGGGUGAUGACUGAAGUGCUGCUCUGCCCCACGCUCUGCAAACGUGUGCAGCUCUUUAAGAAGUUCAUCAAGAUCGCAGCCCACUGUAAAGCACAAAGGAACCUGAACUCAUUCUUUGCCAUUAUAAUGGGUUUGAACACUCCAGCUGUCAGCCGACUGACUCAGACGUGGGAGAAAGUUCCUGGAAAAUUCAAAAAGCUGUUCUCCGAGCUCGAGAGCUUGACAGACCCAUCCUUCAACCACAAAGCCUACAGGGAUGCCUUCAAAAAGAUGAAGUGUCCCAAAAUCCCUUUCCUACCUCUGCUACUGAAAGAUAUUACAUUCAUUCACGAGGGAAACAAAACAUUUCUGGAUAAUCUGGUCAACUUUGAGAAACUGCACAUGAUGGCAGACAUGGUGCGAGUCAUUAGACACUGUCAGACAGACCACAUGGGACACAUGUUGACCCAGAAGGAGAGUCCCGAUGUCAAAGCCUACAUCAACUAUCUACACAUCAUCGACAAUCAGCAGACUCUGUUUGAGCUUUCACACAGACUAGAGACAAAGGUCUAGGACACAUGUGUGUGUGUUUGUUCAUUCAUGUGUAUCAAUGACUAAUGAGAAGAAGAUGGUGCCAUGAUCCCUCUCACAAGACACUGAGAAGGAGGCACAAUUAACAUGCACAGCCACAAGGGGGAGAGGCUGAGCCUCGCAGACUGCACAGAUCACAGGAGGAGAGUCACGACGAGCCAAGGACCUUCAACUUCAGCAAGUGCAUACAUGUGUCAUGGCCCUGAAGAAUGUGGGACGGCUAUUACCCUAGCCAAGGCAAUAAAAGGUAUUUCACAUCGGAUACGGAGUACACUGGAUGCUGAUUAACAAGCCUGAACCCAAGCCUAUGACUUAAACAUCUCAGUCUCAGUUUAUGUUAUGGUUGUGUGAUGCUUUGUGAUGAUCAUAGGAAACUAUUUCAAUCUUAGACAAUCAGAAAAACAAAUCAAAUGACAACGGUCUUUGCUGUAUCUGGAUUAUUUUCAGGACUUAGCAAUAGUAGCAACAGAAGUAACCGGUAUCAGUGUAAUUAGCAACAUACAAGUGACACCAAAAAAAAAAAAAAAAAAGAGAUUCAUUACAAAAUUUAGCAUAAUGGUUUUACCCAUCAUGCAUCAGAGUUACACUAUGAGAGCAGAGCAGAAUUUUACUAAGCCGAUUCCUUGCAGCUGAGAUUUACAUCUUCUGCUGAUUAGUUCAGUAUUAGUACAGUAA